AAAACAUCUGCUAUGAGGUCCCAGAACUCCACCCUCUCUCUACAUACAGCUUUUGUGCGUCCCCCAUUUUUUUUCAUUAAUGGUUUGAAUAACAUACCCCAUGCCAAGUACUACUAUGUUUUCUUGUGCUUUGUUUUUGUGGUAACUUUGUUGGGGAACUCCUUUGUCAUGUUUAGUAUAUACACAGAGCGCACUUUUCACACCCCAAAGUACAUGGCCGUUUUUAAUUUGGCUGUAGCUGACUUGGGUGAAAGCACUUCUCUCAUUCCAAAUUUAGUUGCAAUGUUUCUUUUUGAUUCCCAGUACAUCGCCUAUGAUGCUUGCUUGGCCAACAUGUUUUUUGUGUUUUUCUUUACCUGUUUGCAGUCUCUCACUCUUACCAUUCUGGCCUAUGAUAGAUUGGUGGCAAUAUGCUUUCCACUGAGAUACCAUGCCAUCGUCACCAUGCCAGCCAUGGCUGUGGUUUUAACAGUGGUGUGGGCAUAUGAUUCAGUUUUACUGAUGAUAAUGGUGGCUUUGGUUACCAGGUUGUCAUUUUGUAAAUCCAUUGUCGUAAAAAGCUACUUCUGUGAUCAUGCACCCAUUUUCUUUUUAGCAUGCAAUGACAAUCUACCCAAUGGUAUUACAGGAAUUGUUAACAUAAUAUUAUUACUUUAUAUUCCCUUGAUUUUGACUGUCCUGUCCUAUGUGUUUAUUUGUGGUGCAAUAUUUAAAAUAGCUUCAUGGGAAGGGCGAGUAAAAGCCAUUAAGACUUGUUCUGCACACUUAAUGCUCGUAGCUCUGUAUUAUCUUCCAAUGCUGGGUACCUAUAUUGCAGCAAUAGGUUUUAGCAUUCACCCUAAUGUCAGGAUAAUGAACACAUCCCUGGCAAAGGCAAUUACCCCAAUGUUGAACCCAAUCAUCUAUGUGCUGAACACAGAAGAAUUUAAGGAAUUCUCAAAAAAAAUGUUAAAAAGAAGAAGAAAAAAAACCAGAACAGAAAUAAACAAUCAAAAUAAAUGA